GUUGUGGGUGGAGUGUUUAUUUUAUUAUAAGAUUAAACUUUAAGUUUUAUUGAAAUUGUUAAUGAUUAUUUUAAAAUCUUGUAUUUAACUUAAUCGGUGAAAUAUAGAACUUAAGUGAAUCCUUCGAAUCGCAAUAACAUUAUAAAAAGGACCGAAAUGGCAGAGUUAGCAGCGUUACUUCAAACUGAUAUACCGGAAGGGCGGAACCAUCUUACAGACAGCCACACCAACCUUGAGAGGGUUGCAGAAUAUUGUGAAGCAAAUUACUUUCAAUCUGAAAACAAGAGGCUGGCUUUAGAGAGUACCAAAAAUUACACAACACAGUCCUUAGCAAGUGUAGCAUAUCAAAUAAAUACACUUGCAUACAACUUCCUGCAGCUAUUGGAACUGCAAACAAUGCAAUUGGCAGAAAUGGAAGGUCAGAUGAACCAUAUUGCUCAAACAGUGGCUAUUCACAAAGAGAAAGUUGCUAGAAGGGAAAUAGGAGUACUAACAGCUAAUAAGGUCACUAAUCGACAAUAUAAAAUAAUUGCACCAGCAAACCCAGAGAAGCCAAUAAAAUAUGUUAGGAAGAAUAUUGAUUACACAGCUCUCGAUGACAUUGGCCAUGGGGCCCGUUGGAGCAGCGGCAGUAAUGGUACACCUCGCGGUCGUCGAUCAGGUUCUGCACCUGGAGCUGCUCCACUACCAGCUCCUACCACUAAACCUCCAACACCACCAGCAGUUGUGCGCUCCGCUUCCGCUGCUAAUACAGGCACAUUAGGGAGAGGCACACUGGGCAAGUCGUCCCGCGAGUACCGCACGCCGCCGGCCGUGGCGCCGCCGCAGGUGCCGUCGCACUACGCGCCCAACUACCCGCGCCGCCCACCCGGGUACUCCACGCUACCCGUUGCACAGCCCCAGGUUGGAAUGGUACAUCCAAAUCAGCACCAGUCACCAUCAAACUAUUCCCAACAGGAUCUACAUUCUAGUAUGCCACCUCCACCUUCUCCACUAAUCGGCUCAGACGGAGAACAUAGCCAACAUUCGAUGAGUCUCCCUGGACAUCGCGCGUCGUCGUCGUCGGCGUCGGGCGGCGGCUCGGCGCGCGGCGGCUCGGUGUCGCCGCCCCUCCCCCCGCCGCCGCUCGACGACGAGCUGGCCGCCGACGCGUUCGGCCGCCCGCAUCACCUGCAGAAUAAGAUGGGCAAUCAGUACACUAAUGCUGUGCCAGCAAUAGUACCUGAUGAGGAAGAUUUACCCGGUUGGGUGCCAAAGAAUUACAUCGAAAAAGUGGUAGCCAUCUACGAUUACUACGCGGACAAGGAGGACGAGCUGUCGUUCCAGGAGAGCGCCGUUAUAUACGUGCUGAAGAAGAACGACGAUGGCUGGUGGGAGGGCGUUAUGGACGGGGUCACGGGGCUGUUCCCGGGGAACUACGUCGAACCUUGUGUUUAAACUUUACCUACAUGUGCUUAUUUAUUAUAUUGUAGCUGAAUCAUUUAGUAUAUUACGGAUACUUUUUUAUCUUUUUAUAUAAGUUUCUGUUUUUCCUGAUGUAUGAGUUAAAAAAAAACUUGUUAGGUCACGUGAGUAGCAUUUAGUUUAAGUUUGUAGAUUGCUCAUAUAUUAAUAUAUAACUUUAAAUGAUAUUCGAAGCAUGUAAUCUUUAAUAAGAUGUUUGUUUAGUUAUGCUCUCAAAUUAUAUUUAAGGUACUUAUACCUUAUACCGAAACUUAUUUCGAUUCAAUCAUUUAUAAAAAGUUAACGGCUAUACCAAUAAAUAAUGUUUAGAGGGUAUUCCGUUGAAUAAAGUUGUCUUCUUUUGAAUGUCAAAUCAUGCAUUUAAUGACAAUAGAAAAUUCCGUGAUUUAAUGAAUCACUUGCUGAUCAUAAGUAAUAUCGUAAGUCUCUAGAAAGUUUAAGAUGUCGUAUAAUAUUUAUAGCAAUAUAAAAAAUAGUUAUCGUGAGUUUUUUCAGUAAUGUAGUAAGUUAUAAUUUUUUGUUUUAUAUAUGAAUUACUUCUCGGUCUUUCCUUUAUGAUAUAAACUGCAAUUUUACAAAAUAAUGUAGUGAAUAUAAGUAAUAAUAAAGUUAUCUGUGACAGUGGCAAAUGUCAGUGUCUAAUUUUAAUUUUAUAUCGCAUUGGUUUUGUAACUUUUAAGCAAUGCCCUGGGUCGUGAAUUCCAUUAAAUUGCUAUACAAAUAUUAAUGCCAAAUGUUGUUUCUCUGGAUAUGAAUUCCUACCGUGAAAUUCCAUUUCACUGUUAUAUAUGGGUUGCCCAUGAAUUUCCAAAUGAUUUAAACUCAGUUUUUUAACGAAUUUAUAUAUUUGAUACCGAUUUAAAAGUAUAUUCCGAUUCCUACUUUUCCUUUAAUUUUAUUGGGCUUAAAUAAUAGAAUAUUCUAUAAAACAUAUGUAACACAUGUUGCAGUGACGUCCUUCGCGUAUUUUAAAGAUCGAAAGCGACUUAUUUACUAAUCACACUGGUCGAUAUUCACAAAAAACAUUUUGUAUUCAAUUAACGAUAUCGCAUUAAGUGUUAAAAAAUAUUUUGUCUCGCUUCAUGCCCAAUCUAACUAAAUGUUGAAUAAAACUGCGUUGUUUCUAUCACUUUUUAAGACACAAUAGUGUAUUGUACGCGGAUUCGAUUUAUUAAAAUUACGAACUCCUCCAGUACACUAACAGCUAAUUUAUUGUGUAAACGCUACAACUACUCGAGACUGGCGGACGGGAGCGAGAAAGGACGAGAGGCCGACAUCGUCUUUGAAUUGUUUUAGGUAUUUAAAAUGUAUUCAUGGAUAUAUUGUUGGGUUGCCGGCUCCAAAAUAUGUAAAAUAUAAGUACUUUUACUUUUCUUAAAUGUUUUAAUAGAAAAUUUUAUUUUUACUAUCAGAAGUACACAGUCCCACAAUGUAAUAUAUAGUUUCUAUACCACCGGCUAUUUAUUCUAUUUAACUUGCCAUUUUUCAGAUGAUAUAUAUUCACCCAAACAAUAAUCGAAUGACAAAAUUCUUGUCUGAAUAAGCCUGACAAAUGAAUUCGUUAGCAUUCCUUGUAAAAUAUUUCAUUUGCGUUAAAUUAAUAAUUAGGAAUUUUCCAAUUUAUUAAUAUUAAGAUAACUAAAAUUCACCUACUUUUUAAAUUAGUAAUGUUAAGCAUAAAAGUACCCACGUACUCUGAUAAUUUUACGAUUAAAUUUGUUUGUAAGCUUAAUAUA